UGAAACAUAUUUAGGGAAAUGGAGUGUAAAAUAUAAUGUAACAUGAAAAGUUGAAAAAUCGUUGGUGCCUGGGGGAAUUUAUUGCGCAGAAUGUUUAAAAAAUUAAGACAGAAGAUUGAAAGUGAAUCCGAAGGAGAACAAAGCCCAGUAUCAAGGAAUGAGAGGCAAAAGAAACCUGCGAAUUUCAAUGAAGGAGCAUCGCCUCUGAGGAAGUCAGAACAGUCACCUUUGGUUUCUCCUGAAAAGCAAAGUGAUCUCAGGGGAACACCUGAUCUUUCUGUUGGCGUUGAACAGCAAACACCAUCAUCACAGCAUGUGAUUGCUCGUGUUCACCAACUUCUUGAGGCUGGUCGGGCACAAAAUGAUGCAGUCUCUACACCUAAAACUGACUCUGUUGAGCCAUCUGAAGUUGAGACUUCAAAUCUUACACCAAAUAAAACAUCUGCAAUGUCACAUAGCCCAGAAAAAUCAGAUUAUAGGUCUGAUGACUCAGAGGCUGGAAAAAAAUUUGAUGCGGCAACGAAAGAAGAACUUUUGCAGCUUGCAAAGAAACAAGAAAAAGCUUUGACACGUUAUAAAACAAAAUUUUCUGAGGUUGUUGAUGCGUACAAAAAUUUGCAGAAAGAAAAUGAGAAGUUACAGCAUAAUCUUUCUCAGGGUCAAGACAAGCAAAUAAGAAAAAUUUCAGAAUUGAAGGAGACCAUUGAACUUGAGAAAAAAGCUAAAAUGCAUAUUGCAGAUUCAUUGCGAGUUGCUAUGGAGGAGAAGGAUGAUCUUAUCAGUGUGUUAAAAACACAGAUUGAUUUUCUCAAAGGCAAGGAAAAAGGAUCUGCUGAAGAAACAGAUCAAGUAGACAGUGUCAAUGGAGAAGAUCCAUUAUCUGAAGAAAACAAACAAAAGUUACUUGAUAAGAUAAGAACACUUGAGACUACUGUUGAUGCUCAGACUCAGGAAAUUGAAAAAUUGAAGGAACAUGAAACGACGAAAGAAGUGGAACGUGAAGAACUUCUUCGUAAUUUGGAGCGUACACAAAUAGAAAAACAAACUGCUAUUCAAGAAAUGAUGAAAAAUGUGGAAAAUAUCAUGCAAGAGAAUAACCAGUGUCACGCGGAAGUAAAGAACUUAGGGGAUGAGCUAAAAGCAACCAAAGUGCUUUAUGAAGACCUAAAAGUACAAAAGGAGGAUAUUAUUCAAAAGAUGGACAAAGCGUUGGAGGAAUGCGAAUCGAAGGGGAAAAAGGCGAUAGAAGAAAAGAAUAAUGAACAUAAAACUCUGGUUGAUUCAAUAGUAAAAGAUCACUCGAGUAUUGUGGAUGAUUUGAAGAAGAGUAAAAUAGAAGCGGUUGAGUUUAUUAAAAAACAGCAUACUAAACGAAUGUCAGAUCUGCUCACUGCAAAAGAUGACGAACACAAACAAGCUCUUGAGGAAAGAGAUAACAAGUUGAAAAUAAUGGCACAAAAUGAAGAAAUGUUGAAAGCUUCUUAUUCAGAACAGGUGAAAGAGGUCGAGUUAGCUGUGGAAGAGCAAGAGUUACAGAAGCACGCCGUUGUAAAACGAAAAUUUGAAGAAAUAUCCAAACUGGAAGCACGUAUUAAGGAAUUGGAAGAACAGCUAUUGGAAAGGGAGACAAUGUCGCAUGAUCUGCAGAACUGUAGAUCGGAAUUGAUUGAAUCAGAAAAGAGAUUCAAAGAGGUUGAAAAGAAGUAUGAAGAAUAUAAACAAGAUAAAGAAAGUGCGAUGGAAGAAUAUGGCGAGGAAAACAAACGUAUUUCGAUGAAAUGUGAAAAGCUAGAAAAAGAAAUGUCAACAAUUAAAGCUGAGAUUACGAAGCGCGAAGAAGCGUCUGUAGAGCGAGAGACGUUUUGGAAAUCAGAAGAAGAAAAAAAGCUCAAGGAAUAUCAAGAUGCAGUGAAAGAUAUCGAAGCAAAGAAACAGAGUGAGCUAGCUGUCGCCUCGAAGAAAAAUGAGAAUAAAGUUUCCGAAAUGAAGAAGAUCGUGAAGGAGUUGCGAACUAAGUUAACAGAAAAAGAAAAUCAUCUACAAAAAGCGCAAGAGGAGAUGAAGAAUGUGGUCUCGAAAAAGGAUAAAGAGCUUGAAGAACUAGCAAAAGGAACAGAAACGCAGAAUACAAAAAUGAAAAACCUGAUUAAAAAUUUAAAAGCUAAAUUAAGCGAGAAGGAGAGUGAUAUGAACAGUAUGAGUUCUCAACUGUCCGCUUUGAGUGGACAAAAGAUAGAAGAACAGAAGCAAUUGAUAGAAGAAAAUGAUAAAGUUUUAAAUGAGAAAGAUAUAAUGUGUAAGGAUUUAAUGGCAAAACUAGAUGAAAAAAUGAGACAUUGUGCAGAACUAGAGGGAUGCAUUGAAAAGCUGAAUUUUGACAGUGAAAAGCACUUGUCUGAAUUGAAGGAGAAACAAUGCAAACAACUGGAUGAAAUGAAUACAGAUUUUGAGAGAAAGUUAAACGAACACCAGAAAAGUCUCGAAGAAGAGAAGAAUAAUCAACAAAUUCGAAUGUCGAAAGACGCUGAACAAAAAAUGAAAGAAAUGAAAAAGAUCGUCAAUGAAUUGCGUAACAAUCUGUCGGAAACUGAAGCUCGUGAAGCGAGUCUUAAGGAAAAUCUGGAAGGAGAGAAAUCGAGGCGCAAAGAUAUAGAAAAAUCCUUAAAUGAUAAAGAGGGAGCUUUACAGCAAAAUGCACUGACUCUACAAGAAUAUGAAGACAAAGUUACUGAUUUGAGGUCUCAGAUUACAGCUUUAACGCAGGAUCGCGAACAAGCUUUCAAAGAUAAAGAAGCUGAAAAAGUGCAGUGGAUGAAGGUAAUGGAAGGUAAAUUUAAUGAAAGAAUGAAAGAAAAAGAUGAUUUUCUAAACAAUACGAUUGAACAAUUAACCAAAGAAAAUGAAUUGAAUGUUGAUGACAUUGCCAAAAAUUAUGAUUCUAUCAGAGAUGAGCAACUAAGAUCUUUACAGGAGCGGCAUCAAGAAGAGAUUAAUGAAUUGAAUAAUCAGCAUGAACGCUCGUUGGCAUUCACAAGAAAUGAAGCGAAUGAAUCCCACGAAAGAUUGGCCGCAGAAUCGAAAGAAAGAGAGGAACAACUCUUAAGACAAAAUCAUGAACUUCGAACUAAUUUUGAUAAAAUGAAAUCUCAGUUUGAAGGGCAGAACGAAGAACUAUUGGAUACGGUUACUGCGUCAGGUAAAGAAAUAGAAUCAAGCAAAAGUAAAAUAAGUGAGCUUGAGGACUUAGUCAUGAAGCAUCGAGACGAAAAAACCUCUUUACAACAAAAGAUGGAUGAUAAAAUUAUGGAACUAAUAGAGAACCAUCGUCGAGAGUUAAACGAUGUUCAGCAACAAUCCGAGCAGAAGAUGGAAGAGAUGUCUUCAAAACAUGCCAACGUUAUUCUUGUUCGUGAACGUGAAAUAACCAAGACCAAGGAGGAAUUAACUGGUAAAUUGAACAGUUUAGAGAAAGAUCAUGUGGUACAGCUGCAGGAAGUUAAAGACAGCCAUAUUGCAAAGUUUAAUGAUGAUUUGAAAAAACUGCAAGAUGAGAACACGCAACUGAAAGAAAUCUUAGAAAAGGAACACGUCGAGUCAGAGAAGGAGAGGAGAAAUCAAACUGAAGCAUACGAAGCUCUUCAAACAAAGUUUGAUGAAAUUGCUGUUGAGUAUAACAAGAGUUGUGAAGGAUUGAACAAACUUAAUGAUGAGCUUAGUUUAGUUAAAUCUGAACGUGAUGCAAGGCUCACAGUUUCUGUUCAACUUCAAGAUACGCUUCAUGCUGAACAAACAAAUCAUGCGCGGAUUGUAGCUGAUUUGAGUGAGGAGGUUAAGGCCUUGAGAAAAGGACAAGGAGAGUUGGAGAAACAAUUAUUGGAUAGCAGAGAAACGGCAAAGACAAUGGAAACAAAAUCUCAAGAAAUGGCUCAUCUUCAAGAUGAAGAGAGGAAGAGUUUCACAGAGCAAUUGAAUUCGAAGUGUUUGAUGCAAACACAACUUAACGAUCGGAAUCAAGAGCUAGAAGAUCUACUAAACCGUAUUCAGAAUGAGUCUCAAAGUGAAAUAAACGAUCUAAAAGAAAAUAUUGCAUCCCUGGAAGUUAAAAUGAAUGAAAUGGUGCAGGAACAACAAAAAGAGGUGGAAGGUCAUAAAAAAACUUCCGUCGCCCUCAAGAAAAAAGUUAAAGCCUUGUCAGAAGAAUGUAAGAAAAAAGAUCUUACACUAAAUCAGGUUACUGAUGAAUAUGAGAAAACAAUUUUAGAAAUUAAGCAGCGGGAAGAGAAUCUGAAGAUGGAGAUCGCUUCUAAUCAAAAUGAUUCCCGGGCAAUUGAUGAUCAAAUCAAGAAGGUUCUGGCAGAAAAACAGGAACUGCAAACACUUUUGAUAAAGACUGAAGAAAGCCAUCGUCAUGAAGUACAAGAAAAAGAGGCGAAACUCCAGGAUGCCGUAACGAAAAACGAGCGUGACUUGUUGAGCAAACAGGAAGAAUUUGAUGCGAAAAUUUCAGGACAUGAAAAAGAAAAACGAGAAGCAUUAGAAAGUCUUAAAGAAACACUUGCGAUUGAAAACAAGAAGAAAGUUGCGGAAAUGAGAAAAAAAGCGGAAGCUAAAAUAGCCAGUGUGAGGAAAGAUCUAUCCAAUCAACUAGAAGAACAAGGAAAGGAACUUUCUUUAGCGAAGAAAAAUGUUCAAGAUUUGGUACAACAAUUGGAGAACGUUGAUACCACUCACACUGAAAAGGUGCAACAAAUGACAGUUGAACAUGAAGUUAUAGUGAGAAGUAAAGUCGAAGAACUCGAAUCUCAAAAAGGAGCUAUAGAGAAUAAUUCAAAAUUACUGACGGAACAGAUCGCACAACUUGAAGCCAGUGAAAAAUCUUUAGUUGAAACUGUUGAAAAUCUUCGCGUCGAAAAGAUGAAUGCGUUGCGUGAACAGACGUUAUCUCUUAAAGAAGACCAUAGGCUGGAAACAGAGAAACUUAAAAAUGAACAUCAAAGGGAUUUAGACGUUUUGGAGAAACGUUUAAUCGCAAAAGUUGAAGAAAAAGAUUUUGAAUAUAACGCAAAAUUGAAACAAGUUAUCAAAGAAUUUCAAGCAAAGCUUGCUGACAAGGAUCAUGAAAUCCAAGAUACUCUAGCACAGACUAUUGCAAACAGGCAAAAGGAAGAACAACAAUCUGUUGUGAAAUUUGAGGAAGAAAUUAUUGAGUUGAAAAAAGAACUGAAAUAUCGAGAAGAUGAAAUGUUACAAUUACGAAAAGAAAACGAAGAAAUGUUAAAUGAAAAAGAAGGAAUAAUGUCGGAAUUAGUUCGUGAACACGAGAUAGCUUUAAAAAACGUUGAAGAAGACUAUGAAAGUAAGAUUUCGGAACUUAAUAUAAAACAUGCGGAAGAUUUGGCGAAGCUUAAUAAUAGUGCUCAACUUCUUCAAAUUGAGAAAAAAUACGAGGCUGAACUAGCCCAGGCCCAGAAAGGACAUUCAUCUGAGUUACUUGCCCUUGAGAAGAAACUUAAAAAUCAAAUGAAGAAGAAUCAAACAGAUAUGAAGAAAUUGCUGAAUGCAAAAGAAGCGGAGUUUGAAAAGAGAAAAAGUCCAGCUGCUCAAACUAACGGAGAAGGCGAGGAUGGGAAUGAACAAGUUAAUGUUUUAAAGGCAACAAUAGAUCGUCUUAAUAGAGAAAUGGAUUUGUUACGUGAAAGGGAGCAAUUAUUAAAGACUGACGUUGAACAUCUUGCUCAGAACGGCUCAGCUCAGACACCAGAACGACCAACUCAGUUACACGUGACUUCUAAUCCGUUUUCGCCAACCGGUCCCGUAAGCCCCUCGUCAAAUCCUGGGGAAACAGAAUACGAGUACUUAAGAAAUAUUUUAUUCCAAUACAUGAUGGGGAAACAGAGAAAGCAACUUUCUAAAGUUCUUGCUACUAUUGUUCGUUUUACACCAUCUCAAUAUCAGCAAAUAAUGCAAAAAGAACAAGAACGGGAGAUGUCGCAGGGAGGAUUUUUUUCACCUUUAAGAAGUUAAGAAUACUCAUACAAUACUGAUGCGUGUAUGUAUAAACGUCGUUAUAUGUUGGUGGAUAAUUUGGUUUGGUCCAUAUCAGCGGGCUUCAAAGAUCUAUUAUACGUGAAUUUGAAACAACUGCAUGUAUUUCAUUGUAGGUAUUGUCGAAUUAGGUCACGUAGUAAGCUAUUUUUGGAGCUUGAACAUUACGUGAUAUUUUAUUUACCAUGUCGAUUAUAGUUUAGAAAGGACACAAUCAUUAUAAUUGAUAUAUAGUACUGUAGUAUGAAUGCCCCAGUGUUCAGCAGUGAAAUAUAUGUGCAUUAUAGGAGUAAGAAAUCCAUAGUUACGAAAUUCGAUGAAUUCUGCGCAUGGUCAUGUAUAUUAAUUAAUUUGUAUACCAUUAUUGACAAUUCAAAAAUCAAGGCUCAAUGAUCUUUCACUUGUAUGCAUUUUGACCCGUUCACUUGCAUGUCAAUAUUUUACGCAUUUCACGUUAUUUUGCAAGUUAUAAGACUAUACGUUCAGCCCAGUGCUAGGUCAUUUAACGCAUAACAGUAGGUGGUUGUUUCAUAAGAAUAUCCUCUUUUCUGGAGUCAGUCUGCACAAUAUAGUUUGUUUUUUAUAUAGCAGUAGAAUGAUAUUAGACAACCAUAUGCAGCGAGUGCAGCAUUUUAAAAUACAAUGAUUAAUGUAUCGUUGUUGGAAAUAGCUAUACCUAUACCUAUAGUGAU